AUGGCGCGGCGCGGGUCGCUCUCCGACUCCGGCUCGGACUCCGGCUCGGAGGACUCCUCUCUCUCGGACUCGGAGCUCCAGGAGGCCUUCUCGAGGGGCGCGCUGAAGCCGGGGCUCAACGUGGUGCUGGAGGAGCGGCCGAAGCGGCGCAACGACGCGGAGGGCCUGAAGCAGUGCCUGUCCGAAUUCAAACAGCAGCUAGCUUGGGUGGAAAGGCUGGAUGUGACUUCGGGUCAGGUCGUCGAUCCUGUCUCACAGAGUGCUUCUAACAAAGAUGCCGUUGACCCUGAGAACGAUUUCCAGAGAGAGAUGAGCUUUUACCGACAGGCUCAGGCAGCAGUCCUGGAAGCCCUACCUAGGUUGCGUAAGCUCCAAGUUCCUACUAGAAGGCCAGAUGAUUACUUCGCAGAGAUGGCCAAAUCAGACCAACAGAUGCAGAAGAUUCGACAGAAGCUUAAGAGUAAACAGGAAGCAAUGGAGAGGUCUGAGAAAGCGAAACAGCUCCGUGCGAUGAGAAAAUAUGGCAAGAAGGUGCAAACCGAGAUUCUGCAGAGGAGACAAAAGGAGAAAAAAAAUAUGUUGAAUGCAGUCAAGAAAUACCAGAAAGGUCUCUCUGACAAGUUGGAUUUUCUAGAUGAAGAGCAGACGUCAUCUCAGGGGAAUAAAAAAGGCAGUGCAAGUCAACGGAUAAAGAAGGGACCGAAUGCCAAAAGACGAUACAAAAAUCAGAAGUUUGGUUUUGGUGGGAAGAAGAAGGGCUCAAAGUGGAACACGAAGGAGAGUUUUAAUGAUGUAUCCAGCUUCCGGUCAAAGGUGGCUCACAACAAAGGCCCAGGAAAAGGAGGAAAAGGAGGAAAAAAAGCCCUCAAUAAGAGACCUGGAAAGAGAGCAAGGCAGAAAAUGAAGAGCCGGGCGCGCUAAGAGGACUGUGCUCCCCAGUGGGGUUCCUAUGUUUCUGUGAGUUGCAAGAUGUGUUUCUGCUGUCAUCAAGCAGCUAACCAUGGAGCAAGCUGGAUGCUUCCAAGUGGCGAGAAAAAAAGUCAGUGGAAACUAGUGCCUUAUCACUAAUUUCUUCUUAUUGUCUGUUUUGUUGAAGGAUUGUUUUCUACUUAAACCUCUGGUGUGUGAACGCAUUAAAUAGUUUGCACAGCA